AUGGCCCAUCCAUCCGCCUCGGAUCUUGAGAUCGAAGAAUUGGACUCCGACGGUCACCCUAUAACUUCAUUCAAAUUCGAGUCGACCUCUCGUCAACUGCGUAGAGUCUCUCCACAAUCUUCGGCAUCAAGCGGAGCAACCCUCCUGGUCCGGUGCCUGAGCCCCUUUCUACCAGCCGGUUAUCCUUCCACCGUCACUCCAGAUUACACUCCAUAUCAGAUUUACGAUUCGCUGCAGGCAUUCGCUUCCACCAUUGCCGGUCUACUAGCUUCCAGAGCUGUCUUCGUUGGCAUGGGUGUUGGAUCCGAAGAUGCUUCCCUCGUCACCACCAUGCUGUUAUAUAUUGCACAAGAAACCAUCGGAAGAGUGGCGACAAUACUGUUUGCUCAUCGAUUUUCUCAGAGCAUUGAGGCUGAAGUCAAGUUCUAUCGAUUUUUGGCAGACAUCGUCAACGAUGUUGCCUUCAUUCUCGAUUGCAUGAGUCCUGGUCUGCCCUUACUAGGUCGAGUCUUGACGCUAUGUAUCAGCAAUGCAUGUCGAGCCAUAUGUGGGGUUGCAGGGGGAAGCAGCAAGGCCAUUCUAAGUUCCCACUUCGCUAAGGUGGGUAAUAUAGGAGAACUUAAUGCCAAAGAUGGCAGUCAAGAGACCGUGGUCAGCUUAAUGGGGAUGUGGGUGGGAGGGUUGCUAGUCAGCAACGUACAGGGCACGGUGGAAACUUGGAUAUGCUUAAUUCCAUUACUCACCUUUCAUCUGUGGGCAAACUGGAAAGCCGUCAGGAGUGUCCGGUUGAACUCUCUCAACAUGGAUCGAGCCAACAUUUUAUUCCGCGGAAUCCUUGCAGGCCAGACCAAAAGCUUGAACGAAGUUGGGAACGAAGAGGCGAUUCUGGGUCGGGGAAGUCGACACCACUUGGGUCGUUUCCGGAUUGGCAGUGGUGUGGACGAGUUGCUGCUCUGCAUGAAUGCAAAUGUCAGCGACACGGUGCAAAGGCACGCCGACCUGUUUCAAUUGGUGAAAUUGUUUCAAGAGGAAGAAUAUUUGCUCUGGUUUGAUGUUAGAACAGGGGAAGGAGUGGUGUGGUUGAAAGAAUUGGCAUCAGGUGAAACUCAAGCCAAGUGUUUCUGCCAUAUGGCCCGAUGCUUGAGCACGCUCACAAUGUCGACGGAGCACACGACUCAACGGAAACCCAAAGAACAAGAAGUCCUCGGGAGCAAGCAAUCUACUGAAUCAGGGGUGAAAAGGAGGUCCUCUUCGGGGAAAUUCGACCGGACAACCCCGUCUUCUUCCUCAAAUGAGGAGCGGGACUGCACUUUCCAGCUUCUCAUCAAUACUCUUGAACAGAAUAAUAAACAAUGGCUGAAAAUACGGGAUCAGGCCGAGCAAGCGGGUUGGGAUCUAAGUCUCACUAAUUUGGUAAAAGGACAUGGCCGUCGAAUCCGAGUAGGUAGUCCACUCGAGGAGAAGAAAGACAAAUGA